CAGCGGAGAGACACAGCCCUCCCGCCCCAGCCAGCCUCCGCGUGUUGUUCCCUCUGUCGGGAGAGCGCCAAUGCCCGGGCCGACCCAAACCUUGUCCCCAAAUGGCGAGAACAACAACGACAUCAUCCAGGAUAACGGGACCAUCAUUCCUUUCCGGAAGCAUACAGUGCGCGGGGAGCGGUCCUACAGUUGGGGAAUGGCGGUCAAUGUGUAUUCUACCUCGAUAACCUGGGAGACUAUGAGCAGGCAUGACAUCAUCGCAUGGGUUAAUGACAUCGUGUCUCUAAACUACACAAAAGUGGAACAGCUCUGUUCAGGAGCAGCCUAUUGCCAGUUCAUGGACAUGCUCUUCCCGGGCUGCAUUAGUUUGAAGAAGGUAAAAUUCCAAGCAAAGUUGGAGCAUGAGUAUAUUCACAAUUUUACACUUCUGCAAGCAUCAUUUAGCAGCAGACAAAUUGCUUCAGUUGUUCAGGAAGGACCUCGUGCUCCAAGUCACUUAUCAGUUGUCAGUCAGUCUCUCCGAAAGCAAGCAGCAGACAUCAACUGUAAUAAAACAUCCAGCAAAGUCAAUGAGGUAAUUCCAGUGGAGAAGCUGGUGAAAGGGCGUUUCCAAGACAACCUGGAUUUUAUUCAGUGGUUUAAGAAGUUCUACGAUGCUAACUAUGAUGGGAAGGAGUACGAUCCUGUCGAGGCACGACAAGGGCAAGAUGCAAUUCCUCCCCGACCUGGCGAACAGAUCUUCAACCUGCCCAAGAAGUCUCACCAUGCAAACUCCCCCACAGCCGGGUAUGUCACUGUCCUUGUGGAGAACGGCUCGGGCUGUCUCCUCUGCUUCAGUCUGAGCGUGGAGCUGACGGUGCUUCCAUGCUUUUAG